CUAAGCAGGGGUCCUGGUUAACAUGUGACACCCUCCUUUGGCACAGUUUAGCCCCAGUGCUCUUUGGAGUCUGGGGGGGUUUGGCCUUUAAAAAUGAAAAACAACUGAAGAUAGCAAUAAAAGAUGCUUUGAAUGAAAAUUUUCAACUUUAGGAAAACCAGAAACAGCUUUUGCAGGAAGCUGAAGUAUGGAAAGAACAAGCGAGUGAACUUAGUAAACAGUAAAUAACAUUGGAAGACUCCAAAAUACAUGCAGAACAAGUACUGAACAAUAAAGAAAAUCACAUCAAGACUUUGGCUGAACACUUGCUGAAGAAUGAUUGGGCUGCUAUGCUUGGAGAAGACGUGACGGAUGAUGAUAACUUGGAAUUAGAAGUGGACAGUGAAUCAGAAAAUGGUGCUUACUUUGGCAAUCCUCCAAAAGGAGCUUUGAAGAAACUGAUUGAUGCUGCCAAGUUAAAUGCUUCUUUAAAAACCUUAGAAGGAGAAAGAAAACAAAUUUAUAUUCAGUUAUCUGAAGUUGAUAAAACAAAAUAGAGCUUACGGAGCAUAUUAAAAACCUUCAGACUGAACAAGCACCUUUGCAGUCAGAAAACACACAUUUUGAAAGAAAGAAUCAGAAACUUCAACAGAAACUUAAGGUAAUGACUGAAUUAUGUCAAGAAAAUGCAAUGAAACUCCAUGAGAAAUUAACAGUAGAGGAAAAUUACCAGUUAGAGAAAGAAGAGAAACUUUCUAAAGUAGACGAAAAGAUCAGCCACAGCACUGAAGAGCUGGAGACCUAUAGAAAGCAAGCCAAAGAUCUUGAAGAAGAAUUGGAGACAACUAUUCUUUAUUAUCAAGGGCAGAUUAUUUCCUACGAGAAAAAAGCACAUGACAAUUGGUUGGCAGCUCGGACUGCUGAAAGAAACCUCAAUGAUUUAAGGACAGAAAAUGCUUACAACAGACAAAAAUUAACUGAAACGGAGUUUAAAUUUGAACUUUUAGGAAAGACACUUAUGCACUUGAUGUUCCAAAUACAGCAUUUGGCAGAGAACAUUCCCCACAUGGUCCCUCACCAUUGGGUCAGCCUUCAUUUGAAAUGAGAGCUUUUCUCUCUCCUCCAACUUUGUUCAAGGGUCCACUCAGACUCUUGCCUUUGCUUCCCAGGGGAGGAGGAAGAGGCUCAAGAGGCCCAGGAAAUCCUCUGAACCAUCAGAUUACCAAUGAAAGAGAAGAAUCAAGCUGUGAUCAAUUAACCAGUCCUCACAUGGCUCCUCCUGACACUGUGUC